GAUUCGUGAACGUAUUUUCCAUAGGAUUCGUGAACAUAUUUUCUAUACGACAUGGGAAUCUAUUUUCCAUGCAACUGGGGAACGCAUUUUCCAUAUAAUUCGUGAACGUGUUUCUCCUUAG